AUGACUCACAAGGACAAAUACUAUCAAUAUCAGUGUCCUUACUGUCCUGCCCGGUUUGCGACGGCAUUGCAGAAAAAGUUUCACAUCCACACGCACACCGGCGAAAAGCCUUAUGUGUGUAAAAUUUGCAACAAAGCGUUCCACGCAGCUACCACUCUGACGCAGCACAAACGAAUUCACAACGAGGACAAACAUCACCAGUGCCCCCACUGCCCGUCCAAGUUCCCACAACCAUCUCAACUAAAGAUUCACAUUCGCACGCACACCGGCGAGCGGCCGUUUGUGUGCAAAACCUGCAACAAAGCAUUUCACGAUGACAACAUUCUGAGAUAUCAUACCAGGACCCACAACGAAGACGACGGGUUUCAGUGCCCUCGAUGUCCGGCUCACUUUGCGCAGUCAACUCAGCUAAGGAUUCAUAUCCGCACGCACACGGGUGAAAAACCCUACGUGUGCAACAUUUGCCAAAAACGGUUCCCGGAAUCGUCCCAGUUAACGAUUCACAUCCGAACCCACACCGGUGAGAAGCCGUUUGUGUGUGAGGCUUGCAACAAAUCGUUCGCUUCGUCAAACAGCUUGAAUAGGCACACCAAAACGCACAACAAGGACGAACAUCAUCAGUGCCCUCACUGUCCUUUCAUGUCCCCACAUCUAUCCCAGUUACAAGUGCACAUCCGCACACAUACCGGUGAAAAGCCAUACGUCUGCGAAAUCUGCAACAAAGGCUUCUAUGCGGCAAACACGCUGAAGAAGCACAAGAAGAUUCACAACAAGGACCUACACCAUCAGUGUCCUCACUGUCCCUCCACAUUCCCUCAUCCAUUUCAGUUAAAAAUUCACAUCCGAACUCAUACCGGCGAAAAGCCGUUUGCAUGUAAAAUGUGCAAUAAAGCUUUCAGUUCGCCAUGUCACUUGAGUAGGCAUGUUAAAAAUCACAGCAAGGACAAAUAG